UGCAACUUGGGAAAUGUAGUUCGCUGCUCCAGCUACCUUCUCUGCAGAACAGCUGCGAAGACGACGCUGCCACAGAUGCAUUGUGGAAAGUCCUGUUUCUAGUGUGGGGCAGUUUAGCUGGCUGGACAGAAAAAGUGGUGGUGUGCUGUUUUCAGUGACUUUGCCGUCCCCGUUUGUCUGCACCUCUGACACUUGCGGAUAUGAGAUUGGGGGAGGGGGGAAUGCCUGUUUUAUUUGUUGCGAAGCCAGCCGGAAGCCAGGAAAGAAAGCCUUGCCGCUCAUGAAGCAGUCCUGAUAAAGGCGAGACUUUCUUUCCUGGGCUCCGGCUGGCUUGCAGGCUGGAGGCGGGGUUUGGGGAGGCAAAGCCCCGCCCCAGGGGUGGGGCGGACCCCCGCCCCCUUGGCCCCAUCCCCCAAAUUCUAUACCUUCGUCCCUGAUGCGGAGCCUAUCCUCUUCUGAGUGCAUUCAUAAACUCCGAGGAGAAUUGCAGUUGUAACAUCAGGGCAGGAAAACACUCAAAGCCCUGACGUUUCAGAUUAGUCAAGCUCCCUGCUUUUCCAGCCGGCCCAGGCUGAGGCGGGGCGAAGCGACGCCAUCUCCUCGUGCCACGCGCUUGGAGAGGGGCUGCGAUGGUGGCUCGAGCUUUUGCCUGGGUGCUGCGCACGGCAGUCUUCAGUGAAGCCUGUGCAGGGAGAAGGGAAGUCCUACGUUGGAUCACUCCGGCCUGGGGAGGAGCCGCGAACUCGCGUUCCUCCAGCCGCUUUCGGUCAUCCAGUACAAAUGAUGUGCUUCUAAAGGACAAACGGAACAAAAUCCUGUCUAGAGGAUUACCAAAACAAAAACCAAUUGAAGGAGUUAAGCAAGUGCUAGUCAUUGCUUCUGGGAAAGGAGGUGUUGGAAAAUCUACAACUGCAGUAAAUGUAGCUCUUGCAUUGGCUGCAAACGAUUCGACAAAACUUGUUGGUUUGCUGGAUGCAGAUGUAUAUGGGCCUUCCAUUCCAAAAAUGAUGAAUUUGAAAGGAAGUCCAGAAGUGUCAUCAAAGAAUUUAAUGAAACCUCUGAUCAAUUAUGGAAUUGCAUGUAUGUCUAUAGGUUUCUUGGUAGAAGAAACUGCACCCAUUGUCUGGAGAGGCCUCAUGGUGAUGUCAGCCAUAGAGAAACUACUGAGGCAGGUUGACUGGCAGCAGCUGGAUUAUCUGGUAAUUGACAUGCCUCCAGGGACAGGAGAUGUGCAGUUGUCAAUCUCACAGAAUAUCCCAAUUGCAGGGGCUGUGAUUGUGUCCACUCCUCAGGAUAUAGCUUUACUGGAUGCCCGCAGAGGAGCUGAGAUGUUCAAAAAAGUGAAUGUACCUGUUUUGGGUCUUGUCCAAAACAUGAGUGUUUUCCAGUGCCCAAAAUGUAAUCAUGAAACUCAUAUUUUUGGAACUGAUGGUGUGAGAAGCCUAGCAGAUGAUCUUGGUCUGGAUGUUUUAGGAGACAUUCCACUGCAUCUGAACAUAAGAGAAACCUCUGAUUGUGGGAAGCCCCUUGUAGUGUCACAGCCUGAAAGCAACGUGGCCAAAGCCUAUUUGAAACUUGCUGCUGAAAUAGUAAGAAAAUUGCCAGUUUCUCCAACUUGAUGUCAUCGUUUUGUGGAACUAUGAUUGGAGUCUUACCUGUGAAGCCUGACAAAGAAUAAUUGGAAGAAAACAGUGUUGUACAGUAAAAACAAUCAUAUUUUGUAUUUAAGAAUAAACCACCUAUUUUAUAUCAUAAAAA